UUUAAAGCAUUUCCUGCCGUUACAAUAAAUCAUACCUUUUCAUAUUUCUUUCUUGAAACGACAGAAACGUUUAAUAAUUCACAGGCGAAACCGCGAAAUUGUAGAGACGGUUUAGUACGCGCGUUCUUUGUGGUAAAUGCGUAAUGAACGUACAUACAUAUAGGCGAGGACCUUAUCUCGCGUACGAUUACAUAAAAAAAAAAAACUAUUGAAAUCGUUUCUUCGUCGAGAGAGAUGAACGAGAAUUAUAGUACCGAUUUACUUGUAAAUAUCGCGAACGAACGGUAUCCGACUGUCUUUGUGCAGCGCAAAUUCGAAACUUUUCUCUCUCAAGAUCGUUACUCCUAUACUUGUUACGUACUCAACAGUUCUUCGAGUUUCAUAGUUGCUAAAACAUUAGGGAGAGAGAGAAAAAAAAAAAAAAAUACGGUAAAAACUGUUGAGCGAUCAACUUCUCGCUGACGGCGAAGAGAAAAGGAAAAGGAUCUCCUUGAACAUUGACACGAAGAUGUUGAAAAUUGGAUUUCUGGGUGGUGGAAAAAUGGCCCAAGCUCUGGCCAAAGGUUUCAUUCGAGCAGGAUUAAGUAAAGGUGAUAUGAUGCUGGCCAGCUGUCUUCCAAACGACAUGGGUAGCAUAGAAGCGUUUAAGGAAAUAGGAUCAAACACGGUACAUUCGAAUGGACCAGUCGUUGAUCACGGUGAUGUUCUAAUUUUAUCGGUAAAACCACAAGUGGUUCCGAAAGUUCUUCCAGAUUUAAAAAACUAUAGGAAACUUUUACUGUCUAUUGCUAUGGGUAUUCCGCUGUCAACACUGGAGAAGGCUCUUCCGCAAGGAACGCCAGUGAUAAGGGUGAUGCCAAACACCCCAGCCCUUGUGGGCUGCGGUGCAACUGUAUAUGCACGUGGAAAAUCUGUUGGCGAUAAAGAGGCUGAAAUAGCAGAAAAGCUGUUUUCUGCUGUUGGUUUCUGCGAAGAAGUUCCUGAAAAUGUAAUUGAUCCUGUCACUGCUUUAGCUGGCUCUGGACCUGCAUAUGUAUACAUGAUGAUAGAAGCUUUAGCCGAUGGAGGUGUAAAAAUGGGUCUGAUGAGGCAUACAGCGUAUAAAUUAGCUGCCCAGACUGUUCUUGGAGCUGCUACCAUGGUGCGAGACACGAAUACCCAUCCAGGACAACUGAAAGAUGACGUAGCUUCACCAGCAGGGUCUACCAUAACGGGAAUUCAUUAUUUAGAACAGCAUGGUUUGAGAUCAGCAGUAAUCGGAGCAGUUGAAGCGGCAACGAAACGAUGUAAAGAAGUUAGUUCAUCUUCAGAAGAAAGACAGGAUUAAUGAUAAUGGAACUGAAAUUCAAUAACGGUUAAAAAAGCUGUACUGUAGUCAGUUAAAGUUAUCAAAAGGAAAUUGAACCGUAAAGAUAAUACGCUUUAACAUAACACGUCCACGUUUAAUUCUGCAAGUUUCUAUUAUGCAUAGUCCAUAAUUUUUUUUUUUUUUUUUAAUACUUUGUAUAUUUUGUACAUAAUUCUUUUAAAUUACUAAACACUAAAAAACUAUGAUUUACUGUACAUUCAAUGCGUAGCAAUUAAAAAUAUAGAUCUGUUAUUUUUUUGACAAUAGCAUAUUUUAUAAUGAAUGUUACAGUAUAUAAAAAUAUAUGUAAAUAUGUUUUGUAUUUAACAUUUGUAUAUUUAUGCUUUAGCAUAAAACGUGUAAUUAUAUUUGGAAAUUCGUUCAAAGAACAUUUCAUAAUUAUAAACUUUAAAAAGACUACAGAAAAUAUAAUACAAUAUAAUAUAGACUAAAAAAUAUAAUAUAUACACUAGCAUAUUGUAAUCGACAAAAAACUAUGUGUCAUUUUGUACUCCUAUUUUGAAUAGAUUUUAAUUAGCACACAUUGUGUCAAA